AUGGAGGUUAUCCUUGUGGAGGAUGAUGUCCCGGAGGCCCCUACUGGGGAUGCCCUUGCUCCUGCGGAGAUUGGAUCCGGCCCUGUUGAUGGAGAUGUCAUAGAGAAGGUGAUGGGCCUCUUCAUGGAGGUGGAUGCUCGCGACCACUCUCUCCGGGAAUCCGUGAAUCGCCAGAUUGAGGAGGCGCGUCUAGAUGAGAACUUGUUUGCCACCAGUAACGCCAGAGACAAUCUCGCGGCUGCUCAAGAGAACUCCAAAUCCCUCCAGAUCGAGCUACAUGCGGCCCUGGAGGCCCUCAAGAGGGCUGAUGGGAGAACAGUCGAGGCACUGGAUCAUGCCAAAUCCCUAGAAGCGGAGUUGUCUCAUACCCGAGAGGUUCUUAAAGAGUCUGACACGAGGACAGCUGCAGCUGAGGUCCGCUGUGAAGAAGUUUUGAGGCAGCUGUCCUCCAUGGUGGAGACCCUUCGUGAGAGGGACGAGGCUAUCAGCCAGAGGGAAGAGGUCCAGCGUCAGCACGAGGCCCUGAAGGCUGAUUUCGUAGGAGUUCAAGCUCACCUCGAUAAGGAGUCCAAGCUUCAUAAUCAACAGCUUAGCUAUGAAAUCAAGACUUUGGAGCAUAAAUGCUCAGCCCUGCUUGAGGAGGCUAGCCAUGCUGAGGACAGGAUCCAGAUGGAAUGUGAGAGGCGUUUGAUGGAGUAUAAGGAAUCGGCUGAGCUGAAAAAGAAGAUUGACCAGGCCUGUGAAGCUUAUCUCCAAGCUUACAAGGAUUCUCCUGAGCUGAAAGCAAGUUAG